AGAGUGUUGAGCUGGACAUGGGUUUCUAUACCAAUGAUUGCUUUAUAGUCUUUUGAGAUUUUAUCAAUCUGGGUUCGAGUUUUUCCAAUGAGAAAAGAUGGAACUUGAGAAAGUAGAAUCUGAUCUCCUUGCCUUGAGACAAUUAUAUGGGCUCCUUCAAGAUAUUGGUCAAGGCCUGCAAAGCAAAAGUUCAGAAAAUUUGGAUGAGAAAGCACAACUCUUUUUGAAAACUUUGCUUGACAAUGCAACAGAAAGAGUUUUUGAGACCCAUUCAAAGAUUAUAGCAGCAGAAUCUGGUGUCUCUAACACACCAAAGGCUAUGCUAAAGUUAAACCCUCCUGUUCCAACAUCUGUUCCCAUCAUUACUCAAGCCUCAAGUAAAGGGUCCAAAUUCCAAUCAAUUACUUCACAGAAAGAUGAGCUGCCACCCAGGAAACCAACACUAAAGAAAGCAACUUCCAUGCUCUCUAAACCCAACAUUUCUUCAAACAAACCCGAGGGCAGAAAGCAACAAUGUUGGAUUUAUGAGCAAAGCAGUAUGAAGAGGCAGAACUCAGUUGAGGACACAAACAGCAUAGCUAACGCUAGAGCCACAAGUUCAAACUUAAACAGUACUCGUCAACAUCAACUACACAACCAGUUAGGCCCUUCUAAUGUGGCCAAUGUGCAAGCAAAAGAAAUAUCACAAGUGAAAGAGAACCCAAUACAGAAAAGAAUGCAUGACCUCCAACAUAGUCCAAGCAUUGCUAGUUCAUCAAGCUAUUUGGCAACUGGGCUUAUUGAACCAGGACUUGGGAAUAAAAAACCGGACCAGGCCAGUGAUUUUUCAAGGGAUGUUGCUAGUACAAUCAAACCAGUUACUCCUUUGACACAAACAAGAGAUGGGUUUGUUAAAAAAAGUGAGCUGGGCUAUCUUGGUGAGCCUGUAGCUUUGGGUCUGGGUCAAAAUGAAUUGCCGAGUCAGCAGGCGAGUCAACUCAGCAGGAAAUAUGAUGGUUGUUUGAGCCCAGCACGCAAGCCCAUUUAUUCUCUGAGUCAGCUAGCGAGUCCGAUCGGUGGUGUUGGGGACAGUGAAUCAUUUUCAAAAGCACAUGGCUGGCCAAGUGUGAGGAGUAGAAUUGGGUCACCGAGUCGUGCAGCGAGUCGGAAUGACGAUUCAAUGGGGUCCACUUCUUCUCUUGGUCCUAGUGAGAAAAAACUGCCACAUCAGAUGGUAAUCAAGCCAACUCUACUUGGACUAGAUCAAAGAAAAGGGACCCACAAGAUCAGCCAUAUGGGCCCACACAACAAGAUUUUGCCACGUCAAGUGCUUGAUGAUUCAGAGGGUCCGAGCUCUUCUUCAGAUUCUUACUUCUCUACUAUUAAUAAACAAGGUAGUAGUGUAAGUAGUAGUGAAAGCUUUGGUUACUCAUUGCCAAGUCAGACUUGGACCCACCAUCAAAUUGGUCCCACAAGUGAAACUAGUUGGGCUAGUGAGAAAAAUCAAGGUAGUGGGAGCAGUAUUGAAAGCUAUGGUUACUCAUUGCCAAGUCAAACUCGGGCCCAUCGUAACAUUGGUCCCACAAGUGAAAGUAGCUGGGCUAGUAAUGAAAGCUACGACUACAUUGGUCCCACAUUGAGAAGGGUUGUAAUUACAAGUGAAAGUAGCUCAGAAGAGACUAAAAGCGGUCCAUAUAUGGGUCCUACUAGAAGAUUCAAAUCAGGUUGUAGGAGGAGCCCAAAAAAAUCAAUCGGACGGUUGAGGAAAUUCAAGAACAAAUUAGGACUUAUAUUUCAUCAUCAUCAUCAUCACCAUCACCAUCAUCACCAUGAUGAUGAUGAGAAUGGUCAGAAAAUGUUACACCAUAGGGAUGUGCAUGUUAGAGCGGUUCAAAAGGUGAAGAAAUCAAUGGUGAGUAGUGUGCCACGGAAGCAUCAGGUUGGACAUUUUCAUGGUUUGAUGGAAGGGCUAUUGAAGCAUGUGCAACAUUCAAAGAAAUCAAAGGGUUCUAAAGGUCGGAACAAACGGCUGGGAAAUGGGCCACGUGGUGGUAAUAAGAAGUUGCAUUUGUGGAAAAUGUUACUACAUUGUCGUGGUGGGGUGAAGCUGCCCAAAAGCAAAAGGGGGCGUGUUAGAAUAGGGUUUAUGAGAAAAUAUAAAAAACCACUUCUUAAAAUGAGUUGA